GCCAGACUUCCGCGUGUGGGGCACUUUGGACGUUCUAGUACCGCGUUCUGUCCAGGAUCCUCAGUGGGGCAUUUGGAGGACCAGCCGGAUGGACAUCACAAGCAGAGUCACCCACAAGGAGAAUGGGCUGGGCAGGACCUGAGGACCAUGAAGAGGACUCUCCAAAGGAGAUUGGAGACUCUGCAGGAGAUAAACCACAAGAGCAGAGGGAAGAUCAACUCAAAAGAGAAAAAACUUCAAAGGGCCGUUGCUCAGCUUGACAGAUGCACCUGAUGGUCAUGCCUGAUGGCUCCUAAGGGCUACUUGCUGGCCCAGUGACAGGGAAGAGUACUCUGAGCAGAGGGAAGAGCCAGUGCGAAUACCUUGCAGUAGGUGUGUGUCCUGCAGUGUUUGAGAGUACAGACCAGCAUGAGCGAGGAGGAGGCAGACAAGGUCAGAGAAAAAGGGAGCCAGGUCACAGAGAGCCUCGGAGACCACUGGCUUUUCCUAAAAUGAGAACAAAUGGUGGGUCAGACUAGGGUGGCAGCCGUGCAGAUGGUGAGAAGUGUUGGCUUCUGGGUCUGCGUAGAAGCUAGUCAAACAGGAUUUGCUGUCUUCCAUUUGGGCAUUUGGGGUUUGAGGUCUGAGAAUGUCUCUGGGGCAUCCUCAGUGGGACAUGUGGAGGAAUGGCUGCGACUCGACAUUGCAAUUUGGAGUCACCCACGGGGAGCGUGAGAAGGGUGGUGGAGGAAGAGCAGGCUGGGGUCCUGGACCGCAAGGCUUCUGGCCUGAGCAGCUGAAAGGAUGGAGCUGCUCUUCACUGCAGGAGAAGCAAGUGUGGGAAAAACAAUCAGGAAUCUGGGUUUUGAGAUGCCUAUUAGACAUUUGAAUGGCAUGGGCCCUGCCUCAGAAAGUCACAGACAGUAAACAAAGUCACAUAAGAUGACUCCACGUAUUGUGGCAAAUCCUAGAAGCAGGGUGACCUGCUCAGAGGCUCCUGGACUAGGCCAGGCUGGAGGCAAUGGUGGCUUGGGGAGGCGGUACUGAGCCUGGUGGAUUUUUAUGGGUUUACCAGGCAUGUGGCUGGAGGAUUGGAGUUUCUGCUGGGAAGGAACAAGGUAGGAGGAGGGAGGACAGAAAGGGGUCAAGGAUGGGCUAAUCCACGUUUUGUACGUCCAUAGAAACUUGUGGGAGAUUCUGAUACCAGAGCAGAAUUGAGUCCAAUCCUGGUGGCCCAUCCACCCUGCCUGGGAAACAGAAGCAGCCCCAGUUGGUGUCCUUGGAGAUGUGAUCCACGCUGCCUCUGUGUCUCCCUGGAGUUGGUGAUCACCCUGCUCUGCAGAGGAUGCAAUCGGGAGACAGUAUCCCACCCCCACCCAAAGUGAAAUCCAGUUGGUGUUUCCCUUUCUCCCCCUUCCCCUGAAUAAAGCUGCAGUCCCCUACCCCUUCUCUUUCCUUAGAGUUGCUGACCCUCCCAGGCUCUCUAAACAGCUCUGGAGGUCCAGGUCAAAGAUCUCCACCCUGUCCCUCUGAUUUGGGCUGUAACAGGGACAGCCUUCCUGGAGACUGUGACACUGCUUCUUAAUAUGCAGCCCCAACACCUCAAACAGGACACAACCUAAUUCUGAGUGUAACUUGCUUGUCUUUCCCACCCCACCCCCAUACCAACUCAGGCUCCUUCUCUACUUGGUGCACAAUGGGGUGCAUUACGAGAAGCCUCCUGAAGCCAGAACAUCCAGAAAAAGCAUAUUCUACCUGCACAUGGCCCUGGAUCAAUUUGGGCAGGAGAGGUAGCUGGCAGCCUCCCCGGAGGCUACGACCCCCGCAAACCAGAAUCCGUAUGUAACCUGCCUCCCCUCUCUCCCUGUCCAGGAGAAGCCAACUCCUCCCGGCCCGCCCGGAACCCGCGAUGCCCGCCCCGCAGUGCGCCUCCUGCCACGCGGCGCGCGCUGCCCUCCGCCGCCCGCGCUCCGGUCAAGCGCUGUGCGGGGCCUGCUUCUGCACCGCCUUCGAGGCCGAGGUGCUGCACACGGUGCUGGCGGGCCGCCUGCUGCCGCCCGGCGCGGUGGUGGCCGUGGGGGCCUCCGGCGGCAAGGACUCCACGGUGCUGGCGCACGUGCUGCGCGAACUAGCGCCGCGCCUGGGCGUCUCGCUGCGCCUGGUGGCCGUGGACGAGGGCAUCAGCGGCUACCGCGACGCGGCGCUGGCGGCCGUGCGACGCCAGGCGGCGCGCUGGGACCUCCCGCUCACCGUCGUGGCCUACGCAGACCUCUUCGGGGGCUGGACGAUGGACGCCGUGGCCCGCAGCACGGCCGGCUCCGGCCGCAGCCGCGCCUGCUGCACCUUCUGCGGGGUGCUGCGGCGCCGCGCGCUGGAGGAAGGGGCGCGCCUCGUGGGAGCCACGCACAUCGUGACGGGCCACAACGCCGACGACAUGGCAGAGACCGUGCUCAUGAACUUCCUGCGGGGCGACGCGGGGCGGCUGGCCCGGGGCGGGGGCCUGGGCUCGCGGGGCGAGGGGGGCGCACUGCCGCGCUGCCGCCCCCUGCAGCUGGCCUCGCAGAAGGAGGUGGUGCUGUACGCGCACUUCCGCCGCCUCGACUACUUCUCGGAGGAGUGCGUCUACGCGCCCGAGGCCUUCCGCGGCCACGCGCGCCACCUGCUCAAGCUCCUGGAGGCGGCGCGGCCGUCGGCGGCGCUGGACCUGGUGCACUCGGCCGAGCGCCUGGCCCUGGCCCCGGCCGCGCGGCCGCCGCCCCCCGGCGCCUGCUCCCGCUGCGGGGCGCUGGCCAGCCGCGCGCUCUGCCAGGCCUGCGCCCUCCUGGACGGCCUGCAGCGCGGCCGGCCCCGCCUGGCCAUCGGCAAGGGCGGCGGGGCGCGCGACGAGGAGGGGCCGCCACCCCCGCCGCCCAGCGACCCCGGUUCUGCGCCGGGCCCCGCCGACGGGGAGUGCGGGGCGGCCUAAUCAGCAUGCUUCUCAUCGAGUGCUGUGCAUACCGCGGAGGCUGUACCAUCUGAUUUCAUCCACACCACGGUCCCAUUGGCUGUAGCCUGAGGCUCGAUAACUGGCCUGAGGUCACCUAGCUGGGGUUUGUCCCUCCACACCAGGCGGUGGGUGGAUGGUUAGAGUUCGCCCGUGGUUCAGCAUUAUCCUAUAGAAAUAUAAUGUGAGUCAAAUGUGUAAUUUUAAGUUUUCUAAGAGCCAUAUUUUUUAAAGGGGGGGGAACAGGUGAACUUUUAAUAAUAUAUUUUACUUGACCCAAAUGAAUAUAUUUGACCUAAAUACCCCACAUAUUACAGUUUUAACAUGUUGUUAUUUUAAAACUAAAAAAGUUUUAGGGGCGCCUGGGUGGCUCAGUCAUUAAGCGUCUGCCUUUGGCUCA